AUGGCUUGGACUCAAAGUGCUGUGGUGGUGUGUUUGUGUGCGCUGGUUAGGACUCAGGUCAUCCCGGGAAAAGCAAGGACAAGUGAUGGGGACUAUAACACUGUUAACACGGAUGGAUCUUUCGAUUUCGGGUACGCGAAUCCAGACCGUGGCCAAAGUUACCACCUAGCACACGGCAAUGCCAAUGGUCUUGUUGGAGGCCGUUUUGGUGCCAAGGAUCCCAAGACAGACACUAUCAAGGAAACAAUUUACACUGCUGGACCUAGGGGGUUCCGAGCAAAAGGGCCAAAUGUCCACAGAAAGAUGGACUUGGAUCAGCGACCUCGCGGUCCGAUAGGGAACAAAGAUGACCCUUACUUUGACCCUAAUGAAGAUCCUAGUUACGCCUUCAAUUUCGAAACCCGGACUUACUCGAAAAAUGAAAAUGCUGAUAGCAGAGGAGAUGUAAAAGGCCACUACUCCUAUGUAGACGACGUUGGUGAACGUCACGACGUAUCUUAUAUAGCCGGCCGGGACACAGGUUUCCACGUCUCAUCAGCACACCCUGACAGUCCCAAUUUAAUCGGAGCACCAUUCCACCGAUCGCCGUUGGUCAGAGGGGAGACGAGACCAAGAGGCCGCACUGCAGUGCAAAGAGGACUGGACGGAUCUUACAGAUUUAUAUCAGCGGGUCCAGACCAAAGGCGAACCGAAAGCAGUGACUCACAUGGUAAUGUAAGAGGAUCCUACACUUUCUUGGACGACAAGGGCGUACAGAGGACAGUCAACUACAUCGCGGGCCCCGGGAUCGGGUACAGAAUAGUGAAGAACAACAAGGAUCCCUACAUACCCACUUCUUUCCCCACGAUCCCCAGCGCGUAUGACCCUGACUUCGUCAACGCCGCCGCAGCCGUCACCAACUUCUCUCCUGAUGACAGCGGCACUGAUGACAUCUUCAAAAGCCCCGAAGGCACCGCAGCGUCAGGACACGUCAAACCACCUCCGUUCCCUUCCAACGAUAAGGACAGAGAAAGACCAAACAAACCAACCUCUGGACCAUCUGGUACUAGCAGUUCAAAUGGUCCCAGUGGAUCUGGUGCUUCUGGAAGCGGAAGUAGUGGAUUCGGUGGUGGUGCUGACAGCACCUUCGGUAGUCGGCCUGUCAGUGGCACCUUUGGAAGUGGUAGUGGCAGUAGUGGAAGCACUUUUGGUAGUGGAUCCAGUGGUAACGCAUUUGGUAGUCCGGGCAGCAACUUCGACAAAGGCAGUGGAAAUUAUGGUGGUACCGGUAGUGGUACAUACGGCAGCGGUGCCGGCAGUGGUACUUUUGGUGGUGGUACUGCAUCUGGCGCAGUUAGUGGUAGUGGUGCCAUUGGUGGUAGCUCGAGUGGUGACAGCGCGGAAAGUGGAUAUGAUGGUCCCGAGUUUACGCCGGAUUUAGGAGCUGGAGACAUAACGUACGUCGAUGAAGACAUAUUUGGAGCCGUCAAACCAACCAAAGGACCAGGCAAACCAUGGCGGCCGUCCAGCAAGCCUAAUAGGCCGACGAAGAAACCUUACGUACCAAUAAAGCCUAUCAAGCCAACGAAUAAUAAAGAUGACGACGACGGUUAUAAUGGAUCAAACGACAAUAACACUCCACAAUUCGCUAUAGGAUUUAACAUACACCACAAUAGGCCGGGGACCACGAUCAUUAGAAACAUAGGCCGGGAUUACUUCGGGGUUCCCCCGGGAGUCUCGGUCAGGGCACACGUACAAAGCAUCGAUUUAUAUCCCUACGACUCGCAACCUCUCACGCCGUCAGAAGUGAUGGAAAAGGACAAAACAUAA